AUGGGAUUAAACCUGAUGGGGGCGUUUGGCAUAAUGCGAACGAUAGACAUUUGUUUCGUAUCUUUACUAGAUACCGAACCUCCUCGAUGGAUCAAGCAUGGUAAACUUCUCCCCCUUCCAGAGACGGUACUUGGAAGAGCGGUGUACGCUUUCGACCUCGUGUCAUCCAUAAGAGGCAGGAGUUGGUUUCAGGGUACCGUCUGGAACUGGGCAUCCCCCUGGAUGAAACGGGUUCCUCCACCCUCAUAUUCCUCCAGAUUAUCCUUUCUUUUGUCUAAUCUUAAAUGGCUUGCUGCCCAAUACCUCAUUAUCGACAUCCUGGACACUCUCAACCAUCGAUACACCUGGUCACCUUCAAACCCUACACCUAUUACUUCACUUCCCUUCCCUGAACAGCUUCUUUGUGCCUUUUCUCUCUGCCUCUGUACGGUUUUUUCCAUCACUGCCCCUUGCCUCAUCUAUUCCAGCGUCUUCACCUUGGUUGGGUGUCCCCUCGAUGCGUGGCCAUCCAUGUUCGAUCGUCCGCUUUCUGCCAGUUCCCUCCAAGAUUUCUGGUCAAACAGGUGGCACGAGAUCUUCCGACGCGUUUUCGACCGUUUGUCGACAGGAAUCUUAUACAUUCCUUCGUCUGCUCUGUCCAAAGAUGUUCGUCGGGUUCUCCGAGCGACAGUCAUCUUUGCACUUUCGGGGGCUUUUCAUCUCGGUUUAAUCCAGCACACUGUUCAUUCUUCAAACAUUCGUCUGAAUGGAAGUGCAGCGACGUCAACUGCUGAUCCACAUUUAAUCCUUUCGGAAACAAAGCACAUCUUCCUUGACCCUUCUACCCUUAAAUUCUUUCUUUCUCAACCAUUCGGCCUUUUCCUCGAACGCGCCGUCAUCGUUCCCAUUGCGGCGAACCUCGCACCCAGAUUCAAAGGUCUUAUUACCCGAGUGUGGGUCUGGGUGUGGUUACUUUACUCAUCAAGAUGGUGGUGUGAUGCGUGGGUACAUGCUGGAUUAUGGAACAUGGAGGAGACGUUGGUUGGGUGGAGCCCUGUGAGGGGUAUCCUGAAAGGCCAGUGGUGGUUAGUAUAG